GUCAAAUUAUGAUUACUGAGAACAAUGGUUACGAUCAAGCUGAACCUCCUGCAUAGGCCAUGGAAUCCUUUAACCGCCUUUCCUCCCUGGAAGCUAAGUUCGCGUCUUCCCCUUUCUUACAGGAAGAUCCCAACGUGGUCGUUCGGUCUCCCGGGGCUGAUUUCACUCCUUCUUCAGCUCUUUUGGAACACUGCCCCUUCAUUGAGGAAGAUUUUUUUCGUCGUCCUCUUCCAGAUACUGAGCGCCGGCGUUUCCUAUUCGAAUGCCCUAAGAACACCAUUCGUUCCUACGAUCCACCUGAACUCAAUAAGGCUAACCUGUCAGGACCCGCUCGUCGCUUCGACACUCAAUUGCAUGAUAUCCAGUAUCGUCUCUCUGGUCUUACUCGGCCUAUUGACUGGUUCGCCUAUCAAUUGGUUCACAGUCAGUGGGAUCUGGACACUACUCGUCAACGAUCUUUGGAGUUUGUCAAGGCUAUUCACGAGCUUCUGUACGAUUUGGCGUCGCACAUCACCAAGCAACGUACUUCUAACAUGUUCCGGGGUAUUUCUGCUUCUUGUGACCCUCCUUCCGAUGAGCCUCAGAACUACAGUGACUCAAAAAAUUGUUCAUUUUGAAGCCGUUUUUUGGCUUCUCGGCUUGUAGUUCCUCUGGAAAUGUUGCAAGCAUACUCAAACUAUAUCAACAAAUAGCCCUACUUCUUGGCUAUCUUAUGAUAUAAAAGGAAGGCGUAUCGCGUAACAUAAUCGCCGUAGAGCGCCGGUCAAAAAUGAAGACCAAAAUGAACAAUUUUUUGGGUUUUU